UUUCAAGUUCACAAACUUUUUUUACGCUUCUCAAUAACAACAACAAAAUAAGAUAAAUGUUAAUUGUUAUUUAUUCAACACUUCGUUCUUAUUUGACUUAUUACAUAAGAAGUAACGGAUGAUGUUCCUAAGUUGACAAUAUUUAUACCGUAUUGGAUUAAUUUCAUAUUAAAAUGCCACCUAAUUCUAUUGCAAAAACAUCCCUGAUUGUUGGAGGAUUAACAUUUUUGGGUUUUUUAGCUGGAGGAAGACUUGGUUCUAUGUUUGGAGCCGUUAUUGGAACAGUUGUUUGUUCAAUGUUAAAUGCAGAAGAACAAGUAGGAUUCCAAGAAUUUCGUGACGAUUCUCACCACCGUCCAAACAAUACAAAUCAAAAAGAUAAAGUCAAAAAAUCUAAAAAUAGGUAUGAACAAACCGAGUGUGCAAUUUGUCUUGAACCAUUAAAUCCUUCAAUUAUAUUAGAGCCAUGCAGACACAUGUGUUUUUGUGUUGAAUGUUACAAAAAAGCAAAAAAUGAAAAUGUGCAAAAUUGUCCACUUUGUAGAGAAACUAUUACAAGUGUUAGAUUAUUGCGUCGCCCAUAAGGAAUAUUAUAAUAUAAUGAAAUUUGUUAAUUAAUAAUUAAUAACAAAACUGUUUAAUUGUUAUACUUUUUUGAAUGAACUUAUUUUUUUAAAUAAUUCUUGUAUUUAUCUAACAAAUGUAAUGUACUCAAUAUUUUUUCUCAUUUGUAAUUUUAACUUUUGAUAACCACUAAUUAUGUAAAAAAAAAAAAAAAUUAAAAAUUAAAAUAGUGAUAAAUAAUAAGUGAAGUAAAAAUGUAUUGUAAUUAGAUUUAUAAUAUUAAUGCGUUUGUAAAUAUAUAUUAUAAAUUAAAUAAAACCAAUAGCUCUAAAUUUUUAAAUAUAUUGUAUUACAAAUAUUUGAGUUAUAAGUAGAGUAAAUUUACCAACUGAUAAACAAAAGCGUCUAUUAAAUGCAUUAUUAUAGCAUUUAAUAUGCAUCUUUCAUAUAGUGCAAGUAUAAUAGGUUUAAAAUAAUUUAGUGAUAUUUAGGUAUUAUUGGUAGCCAGAUAUUUUAAACAAUUAUGAGGUUUUGGUUAAAUACUGAGAACCACUGCGUUGUUGAUACUUGAUUGCGUAGGUAUUUUAUUUUAUUUGAUGUGUUAAUGUAGUGUUGCUAGUUUAUUUGAUUUAAAUAAUAUUUUAUUUUUAUAAAAAUAAAAUUUUAAUUAAAAAAACCGA